AUGUGCUGGAAGGAGAUCUUGACGUCCCUCCGGCGCCGCUGGGUCUACCUCACGGUGACGCUCUACAUCGUCAGCAUCCCAUUUGUCAUGUUGAAUACCGACUCGCGCGUCUUUCAGGUCGGAGACCAAAAGAAUCAGCUUCACUAUGACCACCGAAACGCGUUCGCCUCGACCUUCCACCGACUCUUGGACCACACCCGUCUUCCCAUGACAGCUGACAAUUUCACGAUUCCUUCUGGUGAAACAUUUCGACUUCCUAUUCCUUCAUCCCCGACUGGAUUCAGAUUCCAGACCCCCAUUGGAAAGAAGCUCCUGAUCCUUGAUGUUGAUUCUCGCUCUAUGAACGAAACGGGCGGUCUAUUGAAUUCGACCUGGGCAACCACCGAGAGGAUCCAAUGGGAAACAAGCGGCCGACUUAACCACUACCUGUUCGCUCAAAUCCAUGGGUACGACUACCAGUUUGUCCGUGUGCCCAAUCUUCGCCCUGAGCUAUGGGGAACAUGGUCGAAAGUCUCCGUCAUCAAGGAGAAGCUCCGUCACUAUGCCUUCGUUGUAUUCACGGAUGCAGAUAUCCUGUUUCCCUACCUUCAUGUGCCUCUGGAGUGGCUUUUUAAUUAUUGGGACAUCCAGUCCAAUAACCUCGUCACUAUGGCUAUGGAUCCGCUGGACCCACUGAACUUCGACAUGUAUGGCAAAGUUGUCCUCAACACCGGAUUCCUCAUCGCUCAGCGAAGCCCCCGAGCACACGAGCUGUUCGAAGCGUGGGAGACUUGCCCAAAAGACGAACGCUACCCUGGUUGCUCUUACUGGAGUUUCAACUGGUCGCACGAGCAAGCUGCCUUUGCGAACUACAUUCGUUACGAUUUUAACUGGCCAGAUGAUGUCAAGGCUAUCCCAUGCCACGAGGCCAAUGGGAACCCCGAGGUAGCAAAUAUCACCUGUGCCGGCAAAUUGGUGCGCCAUUACUGGGCCACGAAGGCUGCGGUUACCUCUGCCCUCGAGGAGUCCAUCAUGCAGUACUUCAUACAUGACCUCUUCGACCAGUUCCACGACAAUUACGACAACAUCGUCUCGACCACGAGACUAACUGGAGUCGCACCUGACACACAGUCCAUUGUGGUAAACGAUGGGAACAUUGUUAUCACCCCCUAUACAACCACAUCGAGAACUCCAGGAAGCACUGACACUCCAGAGGAUCUGAGAGGCCAAGAAGACUCGUUCAAGCUGGAGGAAUUCGACGGAAUGCUCGAGGUACGUCCUUUCGCUUGA